AUGAUGAAGGGAACAUCUUUGUUUGGUAAGUGCUGGAAGAAGACACACGCUUUGUGUCGUCGCUGUGGCUCUAAGACGUACCAUCUUCAGAAGUCCACCUGCGGCAAAUGCGGGUAUCCUGCCAAACGCAAGAGAAAGUAUAAUUGGAGUGCAAAGGCUAAGCGACGCAACACUACUGGUACUGGUCGAAUGUGGCACCUAAAAGUUGUCUACCGCCCAUUCAGGAAUGGAUUCUGUGAAGGAACAACACCUAAACCCAAGAGAGCAACUGUUGUGGCAUCUAGGAAAAAGGGUGACAGUCUCAUCUUCUGUAACUGCUUCCUGCUGGUUAUGGAUGUAGAGAUGUCCCUGAAUCAUCAGGGGUACAGCAGAAGUCAUUAUGGGCCUGGUCCAGGGAGUGAAGAGGCAUCCCCUGCUCCUGCCCCUGCCCCUGACUCGCACUCUCCGUUCCUGCCCCUGCUAAAGACCGCAGAUGCCUGGGAAAUUUGUCUUUAG